AUGAAUAUAAAUAACAGCAGCUCGGGCAAGCAAUACAACAACGUGGGGAGCGGAAGUCAGUACAACGCGGAGAACAUUACGAUAACACACGACGCUGAAGGAGACAGACAAUUUCUCAUCGAUCUAAAACUCAGUGAUCCGCGUCUAGAUAAAGAACGAAUUGAACGCACAAAAGGAGGCCUAUGGAAAGAUUCAUAUAUCUGGAUCUUCGAUAAUGAGGACUUCCAACGCUGGCGAACUGACUUCCAAAGUCGACUACUCUGGAUAAGAGGUGAUCCUGGAAAGGGAAAAACAAUGCUCCUCUGCGGUAUCGUAGACGAGUUGCAUGGAGACAAAUCGGCCCACCAAGUCAUCUACUUCUUCUGCCAAGCAACCGACUCCAACCUCAACACGGCCUCUGCCGUUCUACGUGGUAUCUUGUACCUCGCGUUGAAGAAAGCACCCGAGCUUGUCAAAGGCUUGCGCGAGGCGCAUGAUUCCUGCGAUCGACAACUAUUUGAGGGUAGCAACGGAUGGCAGGCCUUAUGCAACAUGACAACCAGCGUGCUAUGCAACGAGAUAUUCCAGAAUGUUGUCGUCAUCAUAGAUGCACUGGAUGAAUGCACCACAGGUGUUGAUGAACUUCUCCAAUUCGUCACCCAGUUGUCUUCAAAAUCCAUCAAGAUUAUUGUCUCAAGCCGCAAUUGGCCUAGAAUCGAGCAUGGAAUAGCAGCUGCCACGUAUAAGGCUGCUCACAUAUCUCUGGAGCUAAAUGAAGGCUCAAUAUCAGCAGCCGUGGUGGCUUUUAUCGAACACAAAGUCAGCCAGUUAGCGCGGAAACACGACUACUCCACCAUAACACAAAGCCUGGUCUACAAUACCCUGUUGCAGAAGUCGAACAGCACGUUUCUUUGGGCGGCCUUAGUGUGUCAACAGCUUGCGGAUAACAGCACCAAUUCUUGGGAAGUAGAGUCGAAGUUGAAUGAUACUCCGGCAGGCUUGCAUGAACUGUACGAUCGAAUGCUGGAUCAGGCCCUUAGAUCAACCAACCGCGAUCUAUCUCAAAGGAUCCUGGCCGUAGCAUCAUUGGUGUAUCGUCCAGUGACUGUGGCAGAGUUGAAGUCUCUUCUUGGGCUGCGGGAUGCUGGUCUCGUCAAUGACACGCAACCGCUGGAAAAAGGCGUUCAACAAUGUGGCUCUUUUUUGACAGUCCGAGACGGUGUUAUGUAUUUUUUACACCAGUCCGCAAAAGACUUUCUUCUCGAGAAUGAAAAUCUCGAAAUGAUUAUGCCUCAUGGAAUUGGUCACGAGCACGGUCUUCUUUGGAGGAACUCCAUGGAGGUCAUGUUGAGUACACUUCGAUACAACAUAUGCGGCCUCAAAACGCCCGGCACCUCUGUCGAUGAUCCGCAAACUCACAUCUCUGACUCUCUGGAGCCUAUGCGCUAUUCUUGCAUACAUUGGAUUGACCACUUUUGCAUGAUGGGAGGAAUCAAACACUCCCAAGCUGCCCUGGCGGAGAAGUUUUUCACGCGUUCUUUUCUCCACUGGGCUGAGGCAUCGUGUCUUUUGCGCAGUGUCUAUGAGAGUGUCGGGAGUUUGCAAAGAUUAUAUCGUUUCUUACAAGAAAAUUCCCUUGUAAAUCUUACGCCAAAACUCACGCGCAUAAAUCGCCAUGACACCGCAGGGUUCUCAAGAUUGACAGACUUGGUCCAGGAUGCCUCAUACUUCCUGCAACAAGGCCAGCAAGUGAUUGAGGACACCCCACUUCAAAUUUACUGGUCGCUACUCUUAUUCAGUCCAAGGCAAAGCAUCAUCAGAAAACUACACCUUCACGAAGGGCACAAUUUCGUUCUUAACAAACCGCUUGUGAAAGAAAAAGAGUGGAACACACGCCUCAAAGCAACAGUAUAUCACGAACAUUGCGACAAACUAAGAUUUUCACCGGAUGGAUCUAUCUUGGUUUCAGAAUCAAAUCGUGAAAUCAAAAUAUGGGAUAGACAGACAGGUCGAUGCCUAAGAACUAUCAGGCCUACCUCUCAUGUAUCAAAUUAUCUUGCACCUCUCGCAUUAUCCUACGAUGGGUCAAUAGCAGCCUGUGGAAGAUUCCAAUGUGGAACAUGGGACACGAAAACGGGCGACUGCUUGCAAACAUUGCGAUAUUUCUCACCAUCCGUGAGCGUUGAAUGCCUCGCUCUUUCACAAGAUGGCCGUUAUCUGGCAACAGUCACGAAAGACAAUAGUACCACUGUUGAUAUUUGGAACGCACAAAAUGGCCUAUGUUUGCAGAGACUCGAUAGGAACCUUGAGGAGGUGGUCGCAGUAGUGUUUUCACCAGAUGGCCUCACACUUGCUUCUGCAAGUGGCUGCAUCACAAUAUGGGAAGUGGAAGCAGGUGAACGCCUUCGAGACCUGCGAAAUCAUGUUGAAUAUCAACCGAAUGCAUUAUGCUACACAUCCACAGGGCAUCGGAUUGUCUCGGUCUCGAAAGAAUUGCCUUCCCCAAUCCCAGGUUGUCAUCCGAUACGUAAAGUUUAUAUUUGGGAAACAUCUACGGGGCAACUUCUCCAAUCGGUGGCAGACGUCUUCAAUGCCUGCAACUUCACUCCUCUAUCUCCCGGCGGAAUAGUUGUGUGUCAUCGACGAAAGGGGCAUACCUUUGAAUCGGUUAACCUUGAAACAGGUGAACGGCUCGAUACGUUGGUCAAAUACGACCAAAUCUUCCAAAACACCGUCUCAAGCGAUGGUCAUUACUUUGCAACAGUUUCAUUUGGAGGGACUAUCAGCCUUUGGGAUCUAACAGCACUUCGCCAAGGCUACCGCCAUUCGAUCGAUGUUUGGGAUGCGCAAAGCGGUCGAAAUUUGCAAACGCUUCAUGUUCGCGACACAGCAAAGAAACAGACUCGCUGUUGUGACAAGGCGACAGCAGCCUUCGGAAGAGAAGAUACAAUCCUUCUUGCAACAGAAGAUUGUGAAAAUGUAAAGAUAUGGGAUGCGACUACGAGCUCCCAUCUUAGAAGCCUGCCAGUUGGUCAACGUGUUGGCUCGAUGGUCUUCUCAGAUGAUGCAACAAAGAUCGCAAUCGCACUACAUGAUCGGGGCAUGAUAAGUAUGAUUCAAAUCUGGGACCCUAACACAGGGCGACGCAUGUGGGAGUUAAAACUUCCUCAACAAGAAAGCACUUCCCAGGACUUCUUACAAAGCUUUUCAAAGACCGAACCAGAACUUCGCACUUGUAACGGAAUCAUCGACUUGAGCUUCUUGACAUCUGAAACAACAACUUCAUUGGUUGAGUUAAGUCACAUCUCUUUUCGAUCGAAGCCUGAAGGUUACCACGUGGAGGGAAAUUGGUUAAUGAAGGACUUGACUAGAUUG